CGCUCUUUAGAGAUUCUGACAUCCUGCACACCUCCAGGAUCACUUAUUUUGCACAAACUCGCGGGAUAUUAAUUUAGAAAGGAUGUCGUGUGUUGCUCAUUUGCUUUUUCGAAAUAAGUGACGGUUUAAUUUUAAUCGAAAUUAAGACAAUAACACAGCCUCAGCUUGUUACUCAUUUUAUUGAUUCAUAUUGAUUGAUGAUGUUGCAACGCCAGAGAAAGGAGAGUGUGUAAGACCGAGGAGGAUGAGGGACCGAGCACCGAGGAGGAUUCACGGUCUUUCCACGGGGUCGGCGUGUGUAAAUGGUUCAAUGUCCGCAUGGGCUUCGGGUUCCUGUCCAUGACCAACCGUGAGGGAGUGCUACUGGACGAACCGGUUGAUGUAUUUGUCCAUCAGAGCAAGUUGCACAUGGAGGGCUUCCGUAGCCUAAAGGAAGGUGAGGCAGUUGAGUUUACCUUCAAGAAGUCAUCAAAGGGCCUGGAGUCGCAGAGAGUUACCGGACCAGACGGCAUCCACUGUGUGGGCAGUGAAAGGAGACCCAAAGGCAAGAAGGUCCAGAAGCGACGUUUGAAGGGAGAUAGGUGCUACAACUGCGGAGGCCUGGACCACCAUGCUAAAGAGUGCAAGCUACCACCCCAGCCCAAGAAGUGCCAUUUCUGCCAGAGCAUCGACCACAUGGUUGCCAACUGCCCAAUCAAAGCACAACAGUCCUCACCGGGUUCUCAGGGAAAACCGUCCUCCUUGAAAGGUGACGAGGAGGAGCACAGCCUUUCGGCCCCGCCACCCGAGACCUCCGAUUAAGCUAUAAAUUGGGCAACACUGACGCCGGGGAAGCACAGAGGCCAAUCAUAUUGCUUUGAUGGAGAGACGGGACACAUGGAUCCCCUUCCACCUGUUGAAGCUGCUUUUGGAACUACCUCAGGUUAAAAAAAAAUAAUUGCUGAUGAAGAAUGUUGCUAAAGUUUUGUUUGUUUGUUUUCAGUUGGUGUAACACUCAGGAAUACUGCUGUAUUAUUGCACUGAGGACGCUUUCUAAAUGUUUGAAUCACUGCUGUUUUAAGAGGUUUGAGGUUGUAGUGAGCAAUGCCAUAUGACGGAUUAUCUUGAGUUUUUGUAGAAUGUUUUCUUUUGUGAAGCUGUGCCCCUUCUGUGGGCAUUAUACCUCUUUUAUUUUUGCGCAAUACUCAGUGUGUUUAGUACUUUUGCUGCCUUACCAUUAAGUCUUCUUCCUGACUGUUACACCUCGCUAUCCGACAAGGCAGAGACGUGACAGUUUGUACCUCUGUAAUGAAUGUUAGUUUGCAUAUCGCAUGGGGAAGGGGAGGGUUUGUGAAAACAUGGGACGGGUUUUAGGGUAUAGCUACAGGCAAUGUAUUGGCAUUUGCCAAUAUUGCAAUUGACCAUCCAGUUUUCCUGGGGCCAAAUGAAUGUCAGACUAUAAGUGGUUUCCAGCUUUUGGUCAGAGUUAUCUUUCUUAUUACAUUACUUUCAUCCAGCAUUUUGCUGGCUGUCUAAAGGUGCACGGUCUACCUCAUUGUUUCAUGUCUGCUACUAAACUCAUGUCAUUCUAACCACUGAUGGUAAACCAAAUAGAAUACAGCUUUGGAGAUUGUGACUUAAAUUGGGAUUAAGUCAAAUCCUUUUUGCACUACAGUAUUUACACAACAUUGCCAUUAGUUGUAAUAGACCAUAUUAAAGAGUAACUUAACACUUCCUGAAAAUGGUUAAUGACAGUUUCGGAAAAAACUUAAGACAUUUUGGAACACAUCUCCUCCAAUUCUGACGACAUAGGUAUGGGGAGAAGGUGUUUCCAUAGCUGAUGGAGUAGACUGGCCAUUAAAAUCUCUUGAAACUCUGACCAGACCCCAGCUGGAUGUGGUCAGUUGUACUUUAAGUCUUUCUUUGCGAGACGUAUCUCCACAGCGCUGUGGAGUAAGGCCUGGCUACACUAUGUUCUGGGAUAGGAGGAAAAAAACGCUCUGGGUUGUUUGCAUUUCUUUAAACCAAUCGCUAUGGCCUUGGGUGGUGCUAAGUUCUGGAUGCAUCGACGAUGCCACAGCAAAAUAGUCUCAGAAAGGAACUUGUUGUUUUGGAAACAUUUGAACCCUGCAAAAGUAAAAACCACAUACAAUAUUAAAGUAAUAGUUAACAGUUAAUAGUAAACUGACAAAACAAUAACAUGAGCUAUUUAAGUUAGCUGGAUACAUGGCUAAACGUAAUUUGCUCUUCCCAGUAUAUCGUUGUGUGUACUUUGUCCAUUGCUUUGUCCUCGCCAAUUGGUCCCGAAACGUCCCAGUUAGAUGGCAAAUGGAGGAAAACAGUCUUUGUUAAUCUUUAAAAUCAUUCACCGAAAGAACCAAGCAGACCUGCCUUAUUGCACGAUUCAAAAUUUGCCAUUUUCAGCGUGUUACAUUAGCUUGCUAGCUCAGAGGUUGUUCAUGUUGUGAAGGGGCAACAGACUAGUUGUACUUAGGUGUGUGAUGUAGCAGCUCCACGCUACAUCACAGCUGCUCAGUGUGCCAAAAAUCAUAUCGCCACUGUUUGGCAUGGGUGUAGUUACUCGUUAAAGUCUCAAUCAGAGAGGGCAGCAAAAUACUGUUUUUUUUUGUUUGUUUUUUUUCGAUUUUUUUUCUAGUUACUCGUUAACUUUUUUUGGGAGCUUAGUAAACUUUCCAUCUAUAGUAUAUACUCAUUGUAUUGGCUGCUGUAUAAGAAUACUGCUGUUUUACAAUUCCCUCAACUUGGAUUUGAUAGAAUUCCAAACAAUAUGAUACUAAACCUAAUACAUCAAUAAGAUACUUGACCUGGACUGAGUUACUGAAGAGUCCAGCUAGCUCUCCUCUUGAUACUUGAAUAAAAUGAGGCAGAAUCAGACAUGAUGUUGCCAGUGGCAAGGCUGAUGUUUUUGUUUAUAUCUAGUGUGAUCCAUUUCUAGGUUGUUCUUUAAGACAUUACCUCCCUAUAACCCUUAGUAGGGUAAUAGUUCAGGAACACCAAGCCUGCACGGAGGAGCAUGUAGAACUAGCUAGCUAAUCAGUAUUUUACUCCCGUUUUACAGGAGAAGCUGACACGACUUUUACACCCAAUUAAUAUAUAUGUAAAAUUAUUCUAAAGCCUUUUAAAAAAAAAUAAUAAAAAAAAAAAA